AUGGACCUUAUUGUCCGAAGAGUACUCCGAGAGAAUCAUGUCCACGUGUUGGCAAGCAAUAAGGAGAGAUUGUACUUGUCUCGCGGGCAGCUAGGACGUGGACUGAGUAACAUCGUACACUUAAGUGAGCGAAUUCUUACUAAGAUGCACGACACCUUGUGGAGUGGGUCGAGUGUAUCCCAAAGGAAGGCUGCCAUCCUUGCUGCUGAAAAAGCGCGUGGUACACACCUAGGGACCAUAAAAGGCUAUGUGUCGGCUAAGUAUGGUCUAGGUGCUACCCAAGUUAAUGUGAAGGAGUUGAUCAAACUUCAAAAGGAGUCUUUAAUUAAAAAGAUCAACUUAAAAGUCCUUCACAAGACUCUCUUUAGCAGCCUGGACAACCCGCACAUUGACGUAUCGUCGUCAUCUACGUGGCUGAAAUAUGGGAAUAACUCUCCCCGAUCAGAAGGGUUGUUCUCAUAUUUGCAGGAUAGAAACUUUUUUAAUGGUCAACGGAAACAGUGUAACCACUGUAAGAGUAAGGCAAUGACCGUUGACCAUUUAGCCACGAAGUGCGGGAGUAUGCUUUACCAUGAUUACACAUGGAGGCAUAACGAGGUGGUGAGGUCCCUCCAUCUUUUGCUCUGCAAUAAGUACGGCUUGAGGCGGUCCAGAAAGUUGCGAACCCAUCGAGUUCAAUCGGUGUGUGAGAACUCGCGGGUGUGCAUUAAGGUGGAUACCCCCAUACGCACCUCGAUUGUUGUCCAGCACAACAGACCCGACAUUGUGGUCCACGAUAAGGUCACCGGGGAGAUUGGAGGUGGGCAUCACGUGCCUAGACCGUUUGCAGAUAGUGGAAGUGGAGAAAAGGAGGAAGUAUGA